UAUUUAUUACAGAUUCGAAUUGUACGUGAAAAAAUAAGAAACUUUUGUAUCAAACGUCUUUUCUAAAGGUGCCUCUGUCAAUUUUAAAAUUGACCUUAAAAGUAACUGUGAUGAAAUAUCAAUUUGUCAAUCGGCAUUGCAAAGGAUGAAUAUCUGGUUGUCAAGGCUUGUUAAUAGGAGAAGAAUAGCUGAGUCGAGAGACAGCUGUCAAGCUAUCCGGACGCGUUUUCAUAUACGAGCCAUUAUAGUGGUAUUAAUCCGUUGUGUUAUUAAUCUGUUGUUCGUGUGUGUUCUGUGUUCGCAUUAAAGUUCCUGUGUUUCCUAAGAGUAUUUAUUUAUUUAACGCGAUAUGCGACAGUCUUUCUUUUUGGUGCGCGUUUUCGAUAUAUCUCGAAGUUCUAUUUAAAAAUAUAUUUAUAUAUAUGAAUUAAUAUCAAUUCGAUUAACACAUCAGAAUUAGUAGAGUGAGAAAAACAACUAACUGAGGAUUCCACGAAAACUGAUUGAGUGCAAACGUUUACGAAAAAUGCAAAUUAUGUUUGGAACAAUUUUAUGUGUUUUAUUGAAAGGUUUAGUACUGACAAAGACAACUAUCACGCCAAAGGAUUAUACCAUUUCAAAACAUCCUCCAGGAAGAAAGUGUUUCCAUGUGUCCGGAUUUAAAUUUCACGCAGGAUAUCUCAAUGUCCGAGAAAAGUGAUCAUCAUAUACUAAAUUUCAAAUCUGACCAGAUUCAUGCUGAUAAUAUUGUGAGAAAUGACCGAGAAGUCGAUGAAGUUACACUUGCAAAUACUUCUAUCAUCCCAAAAUCUAUCGAAAGCAGUUUGAGCAAGCCAACAUCUCUCAGAGCAUUUGUACAAUUUGACAGUCAAUUUACAGAAAAAGUAAACGACAUUUUUGUGACAUUGAGAUGGAACCAAUCUGGAUUUACAGAUGAAAUAAUACAAGAGUACCAAGUGCAGUGUUCUUUCUUCGAGGACUUUAGAGAAACCUGCGAUGAUAAAAAUAUCACAACUACAAAAUUGGAGCACACGGUGCACAAUCUAACAUCUAACACGACAUAUUAUUUUCGAGUACGUGCGCAUACUAAAAUUGUUGCUGGUCCUUACACGGAUUUAAUCAAUGUGUCGACUACACAUGAAAAUCCAAUACCUAAAUUAUUAGUCACAUCGAAUAAAGGUAUCCACAUUUUGGACGUGGAUUUAAAUUACAUUACUGAUUGGUUCUUGGAUUUAAACAUUACAAUUAUUGAUUUCUUAAUGUUUGGAUCAGUAAAACAUGCUGCUUAUUCGAUACAGGAACAUAGAAUUUAUUGGCUAUCACGAAAUGACUUAAUGACAUCGAAAAUUAAUGAAAAUAAUAUCACAAAAAUAACUAGCCUUGAUUUUCGUCCACGUAAACUUUGCAUUGACUGAGUAGCAAGAAAUCUAUAUAUAUAUCCUCUGAAAAGGAAUAUUAUUCUUUAUCUUAUAUUGUAAAGUUCGACUUAACAAUGUGGGAAAAUGGCAUAAUUAAAUUUGAUAAGAUUUUAGAAUCAAGAAAUGAAAUUUGUCAUUUAAGUGUAUCACCGUCUAUGAGAAUUUUAUAUUACAUUUCAUGCAAUUUCACGAAAGAAUAUGGUAUAAUGAAAUAUAAUUUCGAUGGAAAAAUCGAGGAAAUUGGUCGAAUAAAUGCAUCCUUUUGCCAUUACAAAAUUUCUUUUCAUAUGAUAAUUGAUGAUAUGAAUAGUGAGGAGCCAUUAAUUUACUCGUUAAGUUCUCUACACAUAUUUGUGACAGACAUUAACGGUUCUAUGUGCAAUACGAUUUUAAACAAGAAAAAUAUAGGUAUAACAUCUCCUUCGAUUCUAUGGCGAUUGACAAAACAAACAUUUAUAUUUUAGCAUCUGAACAGUAUAUUAAUCAUAUCUACAAAUUUAAAAAAAAAUAUGUAGAUCUCGAAAACGUAAAUGCAGCCGAAUAUGUUGAAAAGGUAAUAAUAAGGUCACAUGAAACAUUUAAUAAUAUUUACGCUUUUGACAAAUCUUUACAACCAUAUCCUCCAAUGAGAUGUCUGACACCUGACGAAAAAGUUUAUAAUUUUGAAAAUGUGAAUGCAACGGCAAACAGCAUCGUUGUGAAUCUUCCGGAGGCGGUUGUAAAAAGUGGAUGCAAAAAAUAUAAUUUACCAACUACUAUGUAUACUAUCUCUGUAAGCCAUUGUUUAGACAACGAUGUCAACAAGUCUCAGAAAUUCAAUGUGCAGACGGUCGAACGAUAUUACGUGAUUCAGAACUUGACACCAUUUACAGAGUACCAAUUGAAGUUUACUUUAAGCAAUUUUUACUUUGAUCAAUUAUCAAUAAAUCCAUUCGAUUCGAAUGUGAUACCAAUAAAAACUAAGUCGGGCAAGCUUAAUGAACCAACAGACGUAAGUGUUCUUGCUUUGACGCCUACUAUAGCAGUAGUUCAUUGGAUGCCACCCAAGGAAUUGAACUGCGUGGCCGUGACCUACAAGGUGCAUUGGAAGUCAGUUACAUUAGUGAACGACACGCAACAAAAGGGCAAACAAUUUAUCAAUGUGCCAAAACGUACGGCAGACGGCAGAUUUUUCACAAAGAUUAACUUGUCGCUACCGGUACAAGAUUAUUUGAUAUACGUGCGUGUAUUUCCAAAUAAUUUCAGCGAUUUCUACAACAAGAGUUUAAGAAAGACCGUUCACAAAUAUUCAGAACCAAACAAUAUUAAAUAACAUGAUAAGAAAACUAGCGUCUA